UGCUUUGUUCACCCCAGCAUUGUUUGCAUCCCUCGUGGGAUGAUGCUCUAAUAUAUUCCCAAUAGCAGCGGAUUCCAUGGUGUCAUUGGGACCAAUGUACCACAUGGUCUUUAAGUCUCCUUGUUGACUUGCCGUCUUGACCACACGAAAUGGUCCUUCAUAUAGGCCGCGUUCAGGCUUGGACCUCUUUUUACCAGCACGAAGUCAUCGGCGUGGAGUGUUGGUAUUUUGCCCCUCAUCGAAAUUUCUCUUGAUUCUUUCACGAUACCUUGAUCUACUAUCUUCGGUUCUUGCUGCUGCUGUGAGCUUUAUGUUCUUGUCAAUGCCGAGGCUUAUGUCCGUAGGCAGAUAAGGUGGUCUCCCAGUUGCAGCGAAUAGAGGAAAAGCAUCCCAGGCCAGUUGUAUACAAGCGGUUGUGGUGAGUUACUGCCGCUUCCAGACAACACUUGCAACCACCAUGGAAUGCUAGAUACACGCUAAUGUAUUGAUUGAUGUCCCUGAUAGCCCUUUCAGCUAGACCAUUUGCUGCGGGAUGCUAUGGCGUUGUGAACCGUAACUUUAUGUUACGCUUUUCAGCCGAUUCCUGUAGCCGACGACUUCGGAAAGCAGGUCGAUUGUUGGAGACAAUUACUUUUACAUUGGCAAACAUUUUCGUGUUCAAAAAGGAAAUUACGCUUUUAGCAUCGUCUUCACCAGGUCUUGCUGCAAUUAUCCUGGUGCACUCACAAUACACAAUAAGAAGGCUUGUGUCUUCUUAACUCCUUCAGACUUUUUUCGUAGUUCCUCAAAGUCUGGAUGAAUAACCUCAAAUGGCGUGUUGUCCAUUUGGCAUGUUGUCCAAAUGGUGUGGAGGUCCAUUGUCGUAGACAAUUACUUUUACAUUGUCAGCAGUCACAGAAGGAGACCGUCACAGACCUACCGUCACAGAAGAAGGCCGUGCAAACACUAUUGCGCGUUUUGCGAUCUACCGGCCUUUGUAAAGGUCUUUAACUGGAACGCCUCUUGUGUGUGUGUGCCUCCGUGGGUGCGCGUUUCUUUUUAAAAGUUUUCUCUCUGUCCUCUUUGUAACCCUUAUCUCCCAUCGCCAGUGCAAGUCUGGAUGACUAACCUCAGAUGGCUUGUUAGAAUAUUGUGGUAUAAUCAUUUUUUGCGUCAGCUGUUUAAAUUUUACGUUGUUAAUUUUGCAGUUAUGACAUGAUGAUACAUAGUCUUUUGUUUCUUGCUUCAUGCGAGGCCAUGAGAACCCUUUCGUCAAUUUCAUGUAGGUUGUCCAAAAGCCAUCAUGGCCUCCUGAUUCGGGGCUGUCAUGAUACAGGUCCAAUAUUUUUGGUACCAAGGAAGUAGGAACGUCAACUCGUCCAUUUUUAGCAAGUUGCAAAACCUCGGUUCGUUCCCAUAUCCUUGCAACAUUUGCCUCUUCAUGAUUGUCCGGAAGCAUAAUGGCUAAUCGCGACACUGCAUCCGCGUCCUUAAUAGCUUUAACUUUGCACCUUGCAAAUAUGGAAGGAAGUAGCGGAUGGCUUUUAAAACGGCGAGAGCUUCUCUUUUUGUCGUGGUAUAGUUCAAUUCAGUUUUGUUAAAUGUGUUGCUGUACUAUCAUACUACACGAGGCUAUGGUGGUCGUGAUGAGUCUCUCUGAUACAAGACUGAUCCCGUGUCAUAGUGGGACGCAUCGGUAUUCACUUCGAAGGGCACCGAAAAGUCUGAUGAGUACAACACAGGUUCACAAGAAAUCAUUCGGACGAAUUCUCAGUAGGCGUCAUCGCAUUCGUCUGUCCAACAAAAGGGAACAUCCUUCUGACUCAGUAUUUUCAGACAGCGACUUUUGAGAGCAUAAUCUUACAUGAAUGCUCUGAAAUGGCCCGCCAAGCCUAGAAACACGCGGAGUGAGUGUACAUCGUAUGACAAUACUAGUUUUGCUAUGCGAGCUACCGAUUCUUCUUUCGUACUCUUCGUUGUUCCGUCCAGAACUCUGCCACGAAAUGUCACCUUAGUUUUGAAGAACUCACUCUUCUUGAAAUUAACUUUCAGUUUAUAAUAGAUAACGCAGACAGAAAUAUGACCCAGCUGUUCUUCAUGAAACUUUUCACUUUUAGAGUAUAUGACGAUGUCGUUCACGUAGACAUUGCAGAAGCGUCCAAUGCAGCAAUUCGAAACUGUGUUCAACAUCUUCUUUAAACCAACUAGGUGAGUUUAUCCAUCCCAAGGAAGGCAGUUAUGUUCGUAUAUGCCAAAUGAAGUCAUACGGUGCAUUCCUUGGUGAUCUUCUCGCAGUGGCACCUGCCAGAAGCCCUUGCACAAGUCUAUGCGAGAAAAGCAGGUACAGCCUUCGGUUUCAUCGAUGAUGGCGUCAACCAUUGGCAUUGGAAAAGGAAUCAACAGGGUUUGGUUAUUUACUACUCUGGAAUCCGUCCAUAGCCGCCAGCUGCUGUCUUGCCUUGGAGCGAUGGUGUUAGGCUGCUGAGCACGAGGUCGCGGGAUCGAAUCCCGGCCACGGCGGCCGCAUUUCGAUGGGGGCGAAAUGCGAAAACACCCGUGUACUUAGAUUUAGGUGCACGUUAAAAAACCCCAGGUGGUGAAAAUUUCCGGAGUCCUCCACUACGGCGUGCCUCAUAAUCAGAAAGUGGUUUUGGCACGUAAAGCCCCAUAAUUUUUUGCCUUGGAGCAAUGGUGAUAGGUGGAACAAAGGGAGACACCGACGGGCGAAUUACGUUAGCAUCUAAAAUCUUUUGUAGCUCUUUUAGCCACGCCUUCCUUUCUCUCCUCAAGCUCUAUGGAUUUUUUCUCACAACUGUUCUGUCGGACAGGUGAAAUCGAACUUGAAGUUUGUUGUCGCUGGAUAUCCUCCCAAGCAUACCAGUUCGGGGUAGAGUUGAGGAAUUACACUGUCUUUCUUCAGCAUCCGUGGGUGGUCUUCUUUUAUAAAUACACGAGCGCCUAUGAUCGUCAUGACGUGGUGUGAUUUCAUUAUCAAUUACAACGGUUUCCAGUAUCACUUCGCGAAGCACACAGACGCCGCCGUUCGUCAUCAUGUGGUUUGCUUAAAUUAUCCUUCACAAACAGCUUCCUCUGUUACGUAUUUACUGCACAAAGUAGGUCGAAUGCAAAUAUAGGUCGACCCACAUACUGAACUCGUCGAGAAAUAAAAAUUUACAGGGCCUCUUAUGUUAUCCCUAAGAUGACUUGAAGGUGAAAGCCCAAAUGCCGAUGUAUUAAAUACGGAUACAUGGCGUGCUUAAUUUGCUUAGUGUACCUCGCUCAGUCAUCCCUCUUAAUUCCAAAAAUCCAGGGUUCGACUCCCACCCAAGGUCGCGAGUUCGAGUGCUUUAAAUAACUCGAUCUUAAUUAUGCCUUAACUCCACCUUAGCACUAAAAGUCGUGGGUUCGUAGCCUUUUUGUACCUUUCAUGUCGUCGACGCGUUUUCGGUCAACGUCGAUUGACUGAUCAGACAUAUAAGGCUUCCACCUAUAUGUCGUACAAUUCUAAUAUAGGUCAGCCCAUAUACAUCUUAGGAAAAAAAAAGACUUUGAACACGACUCACCUUCAUUUACUGUAAGCUCGGCUACUAAGUCAAGAUAGUCGAUGCCCCAAGCUGCAUCCUCGUCGGAACUGCCCAAACAAGUCGUCUUCAUCGGAUGUUUCGCAGGUGUCCUUGGCACCCAAAGCGACGUCGUCUCCUUUGCCGUCGAGUUACGUUGGAUAGGCAGGCAUUUUAUAAAGCCAGUCUGAAGAUAAUCCAGAAUGUUUCUACGGUGGGCGCGACGGAGCAACUGUGUAUUAUAUCGGUAGUUUUGCUAGCCUUGUUCACGAAUAUUGGUCGAGAUUCUUUGGUCACGAGUAUAAGUCGAUAGCUCAUUUUUGGGGAGCAUUUAAAAAAAGAAAGAAAUAUGCAAAUCGAAGGUCCACGUUGGAACCGAUGCGAAGCGAAGCUUAAGUAAAGCGGUGAAUAAAUGCUUUACAACUAACAGCGACCCGUAUGAUUUGGUGAUGAGAGGUGUAUGCAAAGAAAAGUAGGGCACGGAUCAAGCAACUUUCGGAGAUUCCGAACCCAUUGUCGAUGAUUGGCCAAGGGAAGGGCACACACAGUGGAACAUACCGAAUGGCUAAAUAAAAGAAAGCAAAGUAAGUCAAAGAAUCUGUGAAGUUCACCAUUCUGUUGACCGGUCGGUAUGCUUUAGACGUGCCUGGGAGCCUAUAUUUAAUGUCCAGGUUAUAAAGUUAUUUUUUGUUAUUCAGAACAGGGAGAUGCAUAUAUCUGACCUACCGUGGUGGAUUAGCGGCUUUGGUUCUGCGCUGCUAAGCACGAGGUCGAGGGGUGAAAUCCUGGCCGCGGCGGCCGAAUUCCGAUUGCGGUGAAAGGCAAAACCGCCAGUGUCCCGAGCAUUGGGGGAAUGUUAAGGAUGCCCUGGUGGUCAAAAUUAUUCCGUAGGCCUCCACUACGGCGUGCCUCAUAAUCACAUCGUGGUUUUGGAACGUAAAACGCCAGACUUCAAUUGAAGAUGUACAUGUUUUGUCAGAAUACAAGAAUGCAAAAAAAUCAAUAAAACAAUUAAGUAUUUCCAAGCGACGACAAACAACAUUAUCUUAGUUCUGUCCAGCUACAUGACAUUUGUGUAUCUUUAAAUCUUGGUGCAUGAUGAUUGGGACAUCCUGUAUAUAUAUCCACAAAUGUAUUCGUCGAGAUAGCCGCCGCACCACAGCCUGGCUGCCACGCCUAAGCCGGAAAUACAGGCAAGCUUUGCUUUAGAAGACGUUCGACCUAAAUUCGAAUAAAUACGUAAUUUGUUGAUUGCAUAAGUCCUACUGCUCGUCAUGCUUCCACUGCUAAUAACAACGGCUUUCAUUAUUAGAAAGGGAGCAAAAAGAAGAGGUCGUCAGGCCAGAUCUGCGGCGACAAAGGUACCAGCGCGUAUGGCAAGUCAGUUCCGCGGAAGCCCGCAAGGUUCGUGAAAAAGAAAAUUGUCAUCCCCCCGGCUGUGGCAAAAAGAUAGAAAGAACACCCGUGCGGGUUUCUCGGAAGGAAAGCUUCGCAGUUGAAUAAAAAUUCGUCCUGGUCCGCGCGGGCAUCGAACACGGGGCGAAUGCCUUUCCGAGCAGCCGCUUUACCAUCUGAGCUAACCAGGAAUCGACGUCACGCUGCAAUCUGCUUGCCUCCUGGACUAACCAUAGGGGGCAAGGAGAUUGCAGCGCGAGGGCGAAUUAAUCGACAACUCUAAGCACCUGCAGAGGCACUGAAUAUUGCAAAUCAGUUCUGCGGAAACCCGUAAGGUGGAGGAAGGCUCACUCCAUCUGAAGCCGUCAGGGAAAAUGCUUUUAAUCUGUUCUACGCGUGCGCCACAACCCGCGAUGGAUGAACCGGUCAGGAAGCGGAUGGAGGAAGAAGUUGACGAAGCCUCUGCAAACUUCUAGAAAUUCCGCUUGCUAAAUUGGGGUUAAUCUUAUCGUCAGCAAUAAUACCAUCUUUCGGUGCGUCAUCUACAGGCUUCAGCCACAGGGACGUGUUUGAUGCCAUUUGCGCUUACAUAUACAAUCAACUAAACGGAUAACUUAUUGAAUGUUCUUUGUUCUUUUGUUUGUUUUUGUAAGUGUUUUUGGUUUUUCUUGUUUCAAUCGCGUAUGUAACAUUUCAGAACAUUAAGUAAAAGUUUCAGCACACAAUUCUUGGCCAAUCCCCCAGUGUGGGUGUGAGCCAUAAUAUGAGGCCAUCAGCAUCAUCGUCGUCGUCGUCAUCAUCACCACUGCAAACGCAGUAUGGCCGCCGCUGCUGUUGUGCAAGCUCCUCCCGUGCGCCCGGCGCUUCCCGCCGGACCACGACGUACCAAGUCGCCGCCGAAGCCACCGCUCAAGCCACCCUCCAAACCAACGGCCAAGUCGCCAGCGAGGCAGCCGCCGCCCGUGGUGACUCAGCAACCCGCCGCUGUAACGCUGCCACCUCCGGUACCCGGUCAGCCAGACGUCAAGAAGCCGGAUGCUGUUCCACGGGUGCCCCAGCGCGAAGUGCCGGAAGGGGUGCACCUCACGGCUCGGCCGAGCAUGACGCCAGAGAAGCUGCCGGACUUUGGCGACGUACCGGUGGUGCUCACGUGUCCGCAGUGCUUCCGCCGGGUCACGACCAGGGUUGAGCUAGAGAACGGACGCUUCGCGAAGUGCAUGGCCUGCUGUACCUGUGCCUCCGUUGUGUGCUGCUGCUGCUUCUGGGUGCCCCUGUACGCGGACUACUUCAAGGACCUGUACCACGUGUGCCCGCAGUGCCACGGCAUCCUGUACGAGAGGAAGCAGAUGGGCUGAAGGCGCAAGGAAGGUCCUGCGAGGACUGCCACUUUAUUCGACAGCUGUCUUCCCGUUUCUUUUACAAGCUUACGUCGUUUGGAAAACAGGCACAUAUACGCUGA